GCGGCAGUGCGCGGAGCGGCAUCGCGCAAGGGCUGGGCCCGCCGGGAGCGGAGGGUGCCAGCAUGGCUUUGGAUUUCCUCGCGGGAUGCGUCGGCGGUGCAGCUGGAGUGCUGGUAGGACACCCAUUUGACACUGUUAAGAUGACAGAUAAGCCUCAUCACGGGAGAGUUACCUAGUAAGUAUAGCCCAGGUGAACACUUCUGUUUCUCUCAGUUUUAAUUUAUUCCCAAAUGUAUUAGUUCAAAUAAAGAUCUAAAAGGCUUAUGAAGCUUUUUCCCUUUUUAGUUUUUAAACUGAUGUGUCCCUCUUCUACAGCUAUAGCAUGGAGGGAGUGGGGUUUAAAUACCACUUUUAUUUUUUAAUGUAAAGUCUUAUUCUGAACCUUCUUUCUGGUACGUAUUUCUGGCUGUAUGCACUUCCACACACAGUGACUCUGAAACUCAAUCAGAGGCACACUGUUGUUGAGAUCUUACCCACUACAUAUACUUGGAGAGCAUUUUCAUUGCCCAAACACUUUCAAAUCACGUAUUUUGCACAUUAUUAAAUGCUUGGACUGUUUUGGGGGUGUGGUGGUUUGUAUUUUUUUUGCUUCAUCUUGAGUACCAUUAUACAAGUCCUUAGUGAUAUAAAACUACAGUGUGUUACUAUUGGACUUAAAACCUUAGUAACGGUGGCUUCAAGUAAGAAGGAAGCAAGAAUUGGGCAAUGAACAGAACAGAGGGUUAAACUUUAUGCAUGAUUCAUCCAUCCUAUAGUUAUACACACUAAAGAGCGUGUUGAAUAUGGCAUUAAUACUCACGAAAUAAGGUUUCAUAUGCAUUCAUUGCCUUACCUGGCAGUUUGCUAAUAUGGGUACCCCUAUGCAGUCAUUGCUGUGCUUAAAUGAAAGAGCUGGUUUUCAUUCUUAGACCUGGAGCAUCAGUAUGCUCUAAAUAUUUCAUCUUACAACAAAGCUUUAUUGGUCAAUAUUUCAUGAAUUAUUUAGACAAAAGUAGUGGGAGCUGUAUGCCACUAAGAAAUUCAACCUAUAUACAGAAUAUGACUAAUUCCAAACUACGAAAGACAAGCAUAUAGAAAAAUUAAAGAGGGUUCCUGAGCUGCAGUUCUUCCAAAGGCCAAACAUGUGGAAGUCCCCUCACUUCACAGACAGGGUUUGAAACAAUAUCAGUAAGUUAUAAAUGGAGUUAAAGCUUCAUUUUGUGCAAUUCUGACAGCUUGUCAAGAUUUAUGACUUUGCUUGUGGGUCUGCUGCUUGGGCACUUUUGACAAUCUGCCUGACUCCCAAACAGCAUUUUGAGUAACAGAGGAUUUAUUUUCCUUGAAUCCUACUGUAAGCCUACUUUUAAGUCUAAGAAGUUUUAAAACCCUCUUCCAUCUUGGAAAAACUGAGGUGGUCUCAGCUUCCCCUUCUGGCCAGCAUACACUGAUGUGUAUACCACAAAGACUGAAAACUGAAGUUUUGAUUUACAGACAUAAAAUUACAUGUUGUAGAAAUAUAAAAACAAUACUGAACAUGUAAAUAAUUUUUGCCUCAAAGAAAGCUAACCUGAAUAUAGAGUUUUGACAAACCAUAUCCCUAAAUCCUUUUCUAGACCCACAUCACCUUAUGGGUCUUUCAUUGUUGUGGUGGUGUUUAUUAUUACUUUAGGCAAACAGGGAUAAAAAGAUUUACAGUCAGGAAUCUCUUGCAUACACCUGAUAAUCUUUUGUUCAGAAUAAGAGUCUUGAAGUUUUUGCCCUGGAGUUGUAGCAGCAGCAUUAAAUGGUUGAUAAGCAUCUUUUCUCAGGAACAUUAGAGCCCUCCAUGCUGGAGAUCAGAGACAGAUUUCUGACUUUUCCAAUCCAGUGAAACCUAUUUAUUGAGUUCAUUGCAGUGUGGAGUUUUGCACAAACUAGGUAGCUUAUGAGGCAUUUUGUUUUGUUUGAAAUAUGUUGAGAACAAAGCAGCAGGAGAAAACGGAUUGGACUUUCCCCUUAAAUGUUAAAAAACAUCUGGGAAACUGGCCUGUCUCCUGAUCUCACCAGUUACAACAGCUUCUAUCUGUCCAGCAGAACAUACUGUUUCAAUUUUGGAAAAGUUAACUGAUUACUAACAUUAAAGUUUGAAACAGCCACACCCUCAUAAAUUGUUUGCAUUUAUCAAGUAAAAAAAACCCAAACAGACUAAAAUUUAAAAGGACAAGUAGCUUUUUAUGCUGUCCUUACGCAAAGAAAGAUGUCUUAAUCUCUUCCCAGCUACCCUCUGAAAAGAAAUCAGAUCUCAGUGAAGCACCCCAAGUCUGGUAACCAGGAACACUAUGGGUGGUGGUGUUGAACUUUUCCAUCCUUUUACAAUUAGCCUUAUUUCAUGCUUGAUUUGUAAAUAUUUUUUUAUGAAAUUCUAUUUGGUUUGUACAGAUAUUCCUUAGUGUGAACAGAAAUAUUCCUAGCAGCUAAAGAAAGUACUUAUUGUAGCCAGUACUGGAAAACUCCAAUAUGAAAUUCUAGAUAAUAGUGUAACCUGUUGUACUUCCACGUAAUGUUUUUCUAAUAUUCACAAGUUGUUAAUAAUCCUCCUUCCUUCAUGUCUUCACCCCAAAAGUUAAUUUGAAACACUUAGAAUAUUUUCAAGUUAUUUUGCCACAUCUGGCAUUGCAGCGUCCAGCCUGUGCUCUUGCAUAUAUAAUAUAUUACUAUAGCAAAUCUCUGUAUAAGCACAAGAUUAAAGUUUACAAAUUAGGCUGCUCUUGACAUACAAAUCAGUAUCUCAUACAACUUUUUAUAGGUUCGUCUCCAAGUUCAAAAUGUAGAGAAACCUCUCUACCGUGGGACCUUCCAUUGCUUUCAGUCCAUCAUAAAGCAAGAAUCUGCUUUUGGACUCUAUAAAGGUAUUGGGUCACCAAUGAUGGGACUUACCUUCAUUAACGCCCUUGUGUUCGGUGUGCAAGGAAACACACUUCGUGCUCUUGGCAAAGACACUCCUCUGAACCAGUUCCUUGCAGGGUCCGCGGCCGGGGCCAUCCAGUGCAUCAUCUGCUGUCCCAUGGAGCUGGCAAAGACAAGAAUGCAGCUUCAAGGAACAGGUGAAUACAAACAAAAAAAUAAGAACUACAAAAAUUCCCUGGAUUGUUUGAUUAAAAUCUAUCAAAAGGAAGGGCUGAGGGGUAUCAACCGGGGCAUGGUCUCUACGUUCAUAAGAGAGACUCCAAGCUUUGGCUUUUACUUCCUGACCUAUGACUGCAUGACCAGGUAUUUAGGCUGUGAAGCUGAAGACAGUUAUGUUAUUCCCAAACUGCUGUUUUCUGGAGGGGUGUCGGGAAUUGUGUCCUGGCUCUCAACCUAUCCCAUGGAUGUGAUCAAAUCCCGGCUCCAGGCUGAUGGAGUCGGAGGCGUUACACAAUACAAUGGCAUUUUGGACUGUGUCCAGAAGAGUUACCAUGAAGAAGGCUGGAGGGUGUUCACAAGAGGUCUUACUUCCACACUUCUCCGGGCUUUUCCUGUCAAUGCAGCUACCUUUGCUACUGUCACUGUCUUCCUAAUGUAUAUGAGGCCAGAUGACAACCUUUGUGGAUGUGAACCGGGUCCAGUAAUCCAGCAGCCUUCCAGUUUGUGAACCCUCGCUGUUUGUUCUCCUGAUCCAAAGCCUGGCUGACUGGGUUGUUUUUUUUUUUUUAAUGUUAACAUUUGAUCCACACAAGAAAUGUAAAUAUGUCUUAUCUGUAUAAAGAAUUCCUAAAUAUGUCAAAUUAGGAUUUCAUCUCAUUACUUGUAUAAACAGCAUACUGCCUUACUAAGGACUUCAUAUCUAGUCGUAUCUAAGUAAGAUGGGGACCUGCCUUUAGCAAGUACUAUACAGCUACUGUUGCAGCUCCAGAAAAGGAUCUGGGGAAUGUCAUAGUAUCAGAAAUCAGGUUUUUUCUUCCACUCGUGUUCUGAAUGACUAAGAUGAAUGCAGAAAUAUUUUCAGAAAAGAAAUGCUCUUUUUGCAUGUAACAGGAGUAAGUAUAGUCCUUUAAGGUGAAGUAGGGGGAGGACAUUAAUUGUUGGAGGCAUUUGCAGGUAACCCUGAACUGUUGAAGGCACAGACUAGCAUUCAGCUAGCCAUGUGUUUUACUUUUCCUCUGCUUUUAUAUGUUAGUGGUUUAAGUAGCAACUUUUAAAUUUUUUUUAGCAGACCAGUAUGAACAAUGACUUGUUCCUAAGCUACCUCCCUUUCAGCUUGGAAUAAAUAUCUUAAGCACAGAUGUUUGUAAGGAUUUAAGGAAACUCAAAUCUAGUGAAACAGCUGUUACUUGCCUUCUCCCCUGUUUCUUGUUUGGUGGGUACAUGGGUUGUAUUGACUGGAUUCAGCCAAAGUAGACUUUGUUCUCUGAAGUUAAUGCAACGUUGUGCCACUUCCCUCAACAUGCCCCAUAGAAACCAGUAAUGUACAGAAGUCAAGUCCUACCUGUGGUAUUGCACAAAAUGUUUGUGGGUGCAAAGUUAGCUUAGCAGCUUGAAGUACUAUAGAAAUAUGUACAUGUUUAGAACUGGAGGUUUCAUUCCUUUCCGGACAGUAGCGGUGUAAGUGUCUGAAAUGGCUGGUGUUCAAUAUGCUUGCAUUAUGAAUUUAUACAAAAUUGAUUUUUAUGUAUUUAGUUACAGUGCUACUGGAAAGAUGACUGAAAAGAUGACUGAAAAGGGUUUUGGAGAAUUUUCUUGUUACAUUAGUCCAUUGUGAUUUUUUUUUAGCAGUCUGUUCAAGAGAGAUUGCAUUAGUCAAAGAGUUCUAAACAGCUAUUGAAGAUUUGGAACAUGAGCUACACAUAUUUGGCACGCAUAGGCAGGAGGAAGGAGUGCAUGUGUGUGAGGAUGUUUAACACAUAUCGAACUAAUUAAGUACAAGUUGUUACACUUGGUUGGGACAAGUGCAAUAUGUGUUUAAUUUAUAUGAAUUUUCUAAAAAACCCCUUAUUUCAUAGCAUUUUGCACUGCAAAAAAAUAUGCUGGAGAAACCUUUAAAACUGGUAUGUCUUUUUAUACCUUGAAGGUAUGUUGGAUGUUUUGCUGCCUACUUGCACUGAGAUUCAAAUUGAAUGUUAAAUCUGUCUAUUAAGCUGCAAAUGCACAACUCACAGCAAAGACCAUUUACACCUUUGUACAGGAGUCUGUAAUUAUUGUAUAUAAAAUUGAGGGAAUAAAUUUUUAAAAAAUUUUUA